AAGCACUUGCUGGCCACUUUCUUAUUUCAUUGCGCGGGAUAUUCACAUUACGACACCGCUAUGCUCCCGCUGUCUCUCUUGAACACUGCUCAAGGGCACCCCAUGCUUGUGGAGCUAAAGAAUGGCGAAACUUACAACGGUCACAUGGUAAACUGCGAUAAUUUUAUGAACAUCAACCUCCGUGAGGUGAUAUGCACGUCUCCGGACGGCGACCGAUUCUGGCGAAUCCCGGAAAUUUACAUUCGCGGCAACACAAUCAAAUACCUUCGGGUACCAGACGAAGUCAUUGAUAUGGUCCGCGAUGAGCCAAGACAGUAUGGUGGUCGAGGGGGACGUGGGGGAGAUAGAGGAGGUCGCGGAGGACGAGGAGGCGUGGGUAGAGGUGGUAGAGGAGCGGGUGCCCGUGGUCGAGGAGCAUGACGGGUCUUUUGUAGGCCAAUUGCAUAAUAAGGAUCUAAAGGUUCAAUCAUGUCGACAUGCUACAAUAAGAUAUGCAUUGCACUCUUUGG